AUGGUUGAUGAUACAUCAGUUGGGUCCAAAAGAAGAAUCACAGAGAUUGAAGAAGAACCUCUUCUUCAACAAGUAGAAGAAGAAGACCAUUCUUGUUGUUCUCUCUCUACGGUCUCUCCUCACGGGGAUUCCAAAGAAUCAUCUUUGGUGAUUCUUUCACCUACAAAAGCAGACCAAGAAGAAGCCAAUAAUCAAGACAAUCCAAGUCCAAAUUCUUUCAAGAAGGUAAAGUGCUCCUCUUUAACUGAAUCUGAGACUAGUUUUGGAGAGAAAAAAGAACUGGGUUUUGAAGAAAAUGAUGUAAAGUUUGAUUCUUUGAUUGAAAAGAAUGUUUCUUAUUGUGAAUUGGUUUCUGAUUCUUUUGAAAGUGAGGAGUUUGAUAAAAAGAUUGUCAGUUCCAGUAUGAAAGUGCAAGAAGCUGAGAAUUAUGUGGACGGUGGAUUAAAGAAAGGCGAGAUUGAAUGGAGAGUUGAUGAUGUGAAAGAAGUGAAAGAGAAGGGGGAAGAUGUGGGAAGUGAGUAUUUUGAGGCUGAGAUGGGUUUAGGUACUGGUGAUAAUAAACAGGUUGUGACGGUGAAAGAAAUUGGAGGAGAAAGUUUAUUGGAAGCAAAGAAGAAGCAAUUGCUGGAAGAACUUGAAGUUAGUUCAAUCUUUAAGAACCAAACCAAUGUGCUUAAUAAUGUUGAUGGUUUUGAAACUGAUGUAGGAAUCUCGGGGAGUGUCAAAGGAUUUGAUGAAUCUGUUAGACGUUCAUUGAAGAUUGAAGUUAUUGACGAUACAGUGUUGAUUGAACCUGUUUCGGUAACCAAAACUGGUAAUGGUGGUGUUAAUGGUGCCGAGAUAAAGAAGAAUGGGAAACAGGAAACUGAUGGAAAAAAGGCGAAAAGGCUAAGGAGAAGGGGAAGGGUUGCAACAAAGGGUUUGGAGACAAGUGAUGGGCAAAAGAAAGUGACCCAAGGUGGUGAGGCUCAAAAUAGAACAAUCCAUGCUGGUGAAAUUCGAAAUGGCUGCGAAAGAGAUGGGGAUCAGAUGAAGAGGAAGUACUCGAGGGUAGAAAUAGAGGCCCUGAGGUUUGUAAAUAUUGUAGAACAGCGAAAAUUGUGGAGAAAUAUAUACAUUGGACUUGGAGAAGAUGUUGUGAAGGGGUAUAAAGACUUGGCAAGGUCAAAGCAUCAGAAAAACGAUUGCUUGAACUUCAAUCCUUGGGAGCGUUUUGGAAGGAAGGAACCUGGCAUUCUUGAUUACCAUUGUUUUAAGAAAUGUUUGAGGGACUCUAAAUUUAUGAGAUUAAUCUCAGGGGAAGAAUCUUCUGAAAAUGUGGAUGGUGGAUUAGAAAACAUGGAAGGAGAUGGUGUACAAAAUGUGGAUCUCUUGAAUCCUGGUUGCAGUAGCAGUAUUCAAGGUGAAGGUGCCGACGCAGUUUUGGAGGAAGAGUAUGGUGAAGAAGAUGACAGUGACAAUGAUUAUGCUAGCAUACAGAGACCUGCUUUUGUCGUAGAAGGAGAACCAGAUUUUGAUUCUGGACCCCCAGAGGAUGGAUUAGAAUUUCUUAGGCGUGUCAGGUGGGAGGCUGCUCACAUUCCAAAAGUAAAAGUAGCCAAGCUUGAUAGGAGUAGAAUUAACAAAGAACAAACUGUUUAUAUGCCCCAGAUUCCUGACAUUGCCAAGUGUCCAGAAUAUUUAUUGCCGUCAAAGCAGUGGGAGGAUGCAUUUCUUAUUGAUUUUUCAGAGCUGCGACUGUUUUUGUCUCAAAAUGACGGUUCGAGCUCUAAAAUUUCCCAGAAGAUGCAACCAGCAGCUACUGUUCACAGGAGUUCCUCCUCUCUGCUUGCUGAAAGUAUCAUUGUUGAAAAAUUCAAUAACCUUAGGACUGAUGAAGUCCAGUCCUGCAAACCUUGUAAUACUUCCAGCGCUGAGAACACCGUUGAUCACCUAUGCAUGGUGAAUAUUGAAAAUUGUAAAAGCCUAACACUUUCUCAGAAUCCAACUCCUGAAGCUUCUUCUUGUAUAGCUUUAUGCGACUACCCUACCUUAUCUGAGAUUUUAGCUAUGGAAUGUGUUGCUCGAGUUCGGAUGCUGAGGCAGCGCAUAAAAUUGGCAGAAACCAUGGACGUGCUGUCAAAGAAAGAUUGCGUGUGGCUAUUUGCCUUAUGUGCAGCGGUUGAUGUUCCACUAGAUGCUGACACAUGUGCUGCUCUUCGGGGUCUGCUCCGGAAAUGCGCUAGCUUGCGAGCUAGCAAAUCUGAACUUGAUGAUGAGGUUAUUAUGCUGAAUAUUCUUGCCACAAUUUCAGGCAGAAUAGCUGAUGCACCAACAUACCGAUCAACAAAAGUGCCAAAAGUGAGAGACGACCCGACUGGAUCCGACCCGAAACGCAAAAUGUCGACUGACUCGAAAAAGAAAGGAUUUACGAGCACCACUCCUCCAGCUUCACUGACCAAACUCUUGCUCCGUUCUUUGUCGCGUCUAAAGGCAAGAACGCCAAGCAACACCACCCCUGUCUCUUCUUUAUCGCUUAAAUCGGUGUGGUUAUAUGAUUGGUGGCUGGUUACGGCAGAAGGGAAGGGCUUAGCUGUUUCUGGAUUUGUGAGCGUUUCCAACUGGGAUUUCCUUAUUCUUGGGAAGAACUUGCCACCCAAUUGUGUGAUGAAGAGUGUGCUAACAGAGGUAGUCCUCCGGGAAAAUUGGGGUUUGAUGAGCUCGAAAUUGUCUUCUGGCAUCACUGCGAAAGCUGCUUCGGUUUCUUUUGAUGAUCUCCCAGUGACAAGGAUACGUGAUAUUCUAAUGCACCCUGUUGGAGAUUCCAAAGAUUGUGUACUUGCUUAUAUGCUAGAACAAUCCUGCAGCAAUGAUGUCAAACUCUCUCCAAUAUCAACCAAUACAGACACAAAGAAUCCAGUCACAGUGGCAAAUACCGUGCCGGAUGAAACUAUAAGGACGUGUAAGAGGAAAGCUGGCCAGAAGUACAAAGAUGGUGGUAAAAUUCCACGUACAGUUGAUACAGUAAUGGGGGAAUGCAUUACACCAAGCAGAGGAAUUGUUACAAGGAGCAUGUCUAGAUUGAGAAAUCUUACAGAAAUACGAGAAGAAACUCCCUUAUCAAACCAUACUGCCUCCUGCAAAGAAUUCAGAAACGACCCAGAUAAGGUUUUGCUAUGCUCUUCCAUCAAGAGUAAAGAUAAUAAUUUUCUUUCAACGUCAGAUGCCACUAAGAACCAGUCCAGAGUGAUGAGGGGUAUGAGUGCUGGGAUAGAUCGCUGCUCUACCUCAUCUAGAUUGAUGGAUGUUAGAAAAAUGAAGGAAGAAAAUCUCUCGUCAAACUCAACUGUCACCUGCAAAGCAUUCAGAAACUUCCCAGAAAAGGUUUUGCUAAACUCUUCCAUCAAGAGUAAAGAUGAUGCUUUUCUUUCAACAUCUGAAGCCAUUAAGAACCGGUCCAGGGGGAUGAUAAGUACAAGGGGGAGGAAAGGUAGUUGGGCUACCACAUCAUCCGAGAAAGUCAUGGAAGCCCCUGUUGUGCCUUUAGUCAGAAGGUCAAGUAGAAGGUGCAAUAUCCGGAAGGAUUAUCGUGUGAAAUAG